GGAGAUUGUCCGACCAUGGCUUCUUCCGCUGCUUGGUUAACGUCCUUAGCUCUUUUUCUUCUCGCCUUCCCUUGUGCGAUGGCCAAGAAGACCUACAUUGUUCAAAUGAAGGAACAAAGCAUCCCCGGGUCGUUCAGCACCAGCUGGGAUUGGUACAGCGCGAACCUCCAAUCUCUCGCCUCUGGUGCCAGCGAUCUCCUUUACGUCUACAGCGACGCCUUCCAUGGCUACGCCGCGUCCCUCGAGCCGGAUCAAGCGGAGGCCCUCCGGUCGUCGGACGCAGUGCUCGGGGUCUAUGAGGACGUCAUGUACCAUCUGCACACGACGCGGACGCCAAGCUUCUUGAAAGUGGAAGAUGAAUUCGGGCUGUGGCCCGGCACGGGGAACCAUUCGAAGAAGGCUGAUCAACCAUUUCAUGAAGUAAUCAUUGGUCUUCUUGACACUGGGGUUUGGCCAGAGGCAAAGAGCUUUGACGACUUGGGGUUGCCGGAGGUUCCGACCCGGUGGAAGGGACACUGCGUGAGCGGACCGGAUUUCAGUCCUUCUCUGUGCAACAAGAAGCUCAUCGGCGCUUAUUAUUUCGCCAAAGGAUAUAUCAAGGCUUUAGAUGGUAACAUGACAGAAGUUCAAACCCCUCGGGACCAUGAGGGACAUGGGACUCACACCUCGAGCACAGCCGCUGGCUCGCCGGUGGCCAAUGCCAACUUGCUCGGCCAUGCAAGAGGCGUCGCUCAGGGCAUGGCUCCCCAUGCCCGUGUGGCCAGCUAUAAAGUAUGCUGGGAACAGGGCUGCAUGGACUCCGACAUACUCGCCGCCAUGGACCAGGCCAUAAGGGAUGGCGUCGACGUGAUCUCUCUCUCCCUUGGUGGAGCUGACGGGUCGUACUACGAGACCAGCAUUGCUAUUGGAGCGUUCUCAGCAAUGGAGAAGGGUAUUUUUGUCUCUGCCUCCGCCGGAAACGAAGGUCCUCAACUAGGCACGCUCUCGAAUGGAGCCCCAUGGAUCAUGACCGUAGGUGCGUCUACCUUGGACCGCAAAUUCCCGGCCUAUGCAUUGCUUGGCAACAAGAUGCGGUUCACUGGAGAAUCGUUGUAUGGUGGCCACGGAAUGGGGAACAAGCUGGUUGGCCUGGUUUACAACGCGGGAAACGCAAGCAGACCAAGCAACUUGUGCAUGCCGGGCACACUCGACCCCAGGGUGGUGCGCGGGAAGGUGGUGCUCUGCGACCGAGGGGAAAAUGCCCGGGUUGAGAAGGGCGAAGUGGUGCGUGAUGCUGGCGGAGUAGGAAUGAUACUGGUGAACACUGCAGAGAACGGUGGCGAGGAGUUGCUGGCAGACCCCCACCGGAUACCGACAGCUCACAUCGGUGCAAAGGCAGGUAAUGUGAUCAGGCAAUAUGCCAGGACCGAUCGGAACCCUACGGCCCUGGUCACUACCGGCACACAAGCAUUCAAUGUCAGGCCGACACCGGUGGUGGCUGCGUUCAGCUCAAGAGGGCCAUACUUCCAGUCCAUGCAGAUCUUGAAACCUGACGUGAUUGGCCCAGGCGUCAACAUCCUGGCCGCUUGGCCCGAUAAUUUGACCACCACGGAAUCGAAUAUUCUCAAAAGGACUGCCACCUUCAAUAUCAUCUCAGGUACGUCCAUGUCUUGCCCGCACAUCAGUGGCGUCGCCGCGCUGCUCAAAGCUGCCCACCCAGAUUGGAGCACAAGCGCAAUCAAAUCGGCGCUCAUGACCACCGCCUACGUCCACGACAACACCCGCAAACCCAUCACCGACUCAGCCACGGGAGGCCCGUCGUCCCCGUUCGCCCACGGAGCAGGCCACAUUGACCCGAGGAAGGCCCUCUCGCCUGGCCUCGUGUACGAUCUCACCGCCGACGACUACAUCGCCUUCGUCUGUUCUCUUAACUACACGGUCCAGCAAGUCCAGAGAGUCGUGAGGCGGACGAACGUGACCUGCUCGACGAAACUGUCCAACCCGGGACAGCUCAACUACCCGUCAUUCUCGGUCGUGUUCGGGCCCAACAAGACGGUGGUGCGGUACGCGCGCGAGGUGACGAACGUGGGGGACGCCGGGUCGGUGUACAGGGUGGCGGUGCAGGCGCCCAGCACGGUUGCGGUGAGGGUGAGGCCGACUAGGCUAGUGUUCGGGAAGGUGGGGGAGAAGCAGAGGUACAGCGUGACGUUCGUGGCAAGGAACAAGACGGACACGGCUCUCGGCGGCUCCAUCACGUGGAGGAACCGGCAGCAUCGCGUCAGGAGUCCGGUCGCGUUCUUGUGGGCGCAACAGUGAAUAUGUGGAAGGUUUAUGUGUGGGGAGAAAAGCAGGGUAGAUGCUGUAAAUGGUUGAAGAAGAAUGUGUACAAUUGUGAUGGUGAUUCAAUAAAGUACAGUGAAGUGUGUUACUGCUCUAGAGUUCGAACGCAAGAACAUGAUGAUAGCUUACGAGAUUAGCAUGAUCAUGCCAUCAUUGUUCAAAUUGACAGAAACAAAAAGAAAACGAACCUUGAAAUCAUACAGUGAUAUAAAUACCAUCUCAUGAUCUGCUUUGAUCGCAGACUUAUCUCAA